AUCUUUACGCGUUAACGCCGACUACGACCAUGUAUUCGAAGAACAUCUUACUCAUCGUUGCAACAUUGGGCCUGGGGCUCUGUCAUACUGCAGCCGCAGCCAGCUCUAGUGACUGGCGGACCCGCAGCAUAUAUCAAGUCCUAACCGACCGCUUCGCCCGCACGGAUGGCAGCACGUCAGCCACGUGCAACACUGGCGACCGGUUGUACUGCGGUGGCAGCUAUGUCGGCAUUCAAAACCAUCUAGACUAUAUCCAGGAUGCUGGCUUCGACGCAAUCUGGAUCUCGCCGGUCACGGCUCAGCUGCCCAACGAUACGGCUUACGGCUACGCAUAUCACGGGUACUGGCAGCAGAACCUCUAUGAAUUGAACUCCAACUUCGGCACUGCAGAGGAGCUCCAAGCCCUUAGUACUGCGCUACAUGAUCGCGGAAUGUACCUCAUGGUUGACGUUGUUGUCAACCAUAACGGAUGGGACGGGUCCCCGUCUAGCGUCAACUAUGCCGACUUCUAUCCGUUUAACAAGGCGUCGCAGUACCACCCAUACUGUGGUAUUAACUAUGAUAACACUGUCGAUUCUGCGAACAUUGAGGAUUGCUGGGUCGGAGACACUACCGUGUCCCUGCCCGACUUGCGCACGGAAGACAGCGACGUUGCUACUGGCUACCAAACCUGGAUCAAGCAGCUUGUGGCAAAUUACUCAAUUGACGGUCUUCGCCUUGACACGGUCAUGGAAGUAGACACAGCUUUCUGGGCUGACUUUGAAACUGCGGCCGGCGUUUACAUGAUCGGCGAAGUCGAUGAACCCAACGGCACCUAUGUGUGCAGCUUCCAGAAUUAUGUGCCUGGAGUUCUCAACUACGGAACUUACUUCCCGCUUUUCGCCGCUUUUAGCAGCACGUCAGGCGAUAUGGACGCAUUAGUCGACAUGAUCAACACCGUGAAGUAUUUCUGCAAGGACACCAGCUUGAUAGGCUCUUUCAGUGAGAACCACGACCAGCCUCGUUUCGCCUCCGUUACCGGAGAUAUGGCUGCAGCCACAAACAUCAUCUCGUAUACGAUGCUAGCGGAUGGUAUUCCCAUCAUCUAUGAAGGACAGGAGCAACAUUACAAUGCUCUAGGCGGCAGCAGCGACCCCUACAACCGUGAGGCUAUCUGGUUUUCCGACUACAGCCAAUCAGCCCCUUUGUAUGUGCUGGUGAAGACCUUGAACACACUCCGCAAGCACAUCUUCAGCGAUGACAGCUCGUAUCUGAACUAUCAGAGCUGGCCUAUCUACAGUGAUACGACGACGAUUGCUGUCCGCAAGGGCUAUCAAAUCAGCGUGCUUUCGAACAAGGGCUCAAAUGGCGCCUCGUACACACAAUCAAUCAACACAAAAGGCAUCACUAAUACGGAGUUCACGGAGAUCCUGUCUUGCGCCACGCUCAGUUCGGACAGCAAUGGCAAUAUCGUGGUCCCUAUGGGACAAGGACAGGCACGACUUUACUAUCCGACGUCGAGACUGUCGGGCAGUGGUCUAUGUGGGGCAAGCAGCAAGGCGAAGAUGGCGCGGUCCCCGAGUGCCCGUUCGGUAGCGCGUCCCUUUUACGCGUAGAGUGCGUUAGGAGGAUGUGUCGUGAUGAACAGCAUGAUAAGUCAACGAGAUCACGAUAUGGUACGUAGCAUAGCAUACAAGGCGACUGCCGCCAAAGCGGAGUUUUACCGCUUACGGAACGGAGCUUCAUCAUGUGAGCAUAGUCU